GAGAUGUUUCAACUUGCAUGUCAGUCCGCUCCCGGUUCGUUGCCUCUUGGAAGUCAGCUUCCUCCAUUUUUAUGGUUUUGUAACAGUACGUCGACCCACAUCUCAUUUCUAGUGAUUAUCCCUGGUUUUUUAUCCUUUAUUUAUUCUCUCCUGUUCAUGAUUAUUAAAGUGUUCGUGUUUGUAUAGUUUUUCCUUAAAACACACUUACAGCUGAAAAAUGCUCAACGCACUGAAUUGUGAAGCAGUCCGCUCGGAGGACACUGGAAUGCUGCCAGGAUUGUAUCCUGUCAGUAUUCUGGAUAUCAACCUGACGAACGAUCCACCACGCGUCUACCUGAAAUCCGAAGAGGGCUGGCUUACUGAAGGCUGGUAUCCUCUCGAGGGAAGCCAGUUGUUUGAGCCCCCACCGCAGCGAAAUCUCGAAGAACUCAAAGAGCGCCUGAAGACUCCUGGCUGCCUUGUGGAGGCGCUGUAUAAAGUGAGACACGGCGUGCCCGCUGCCUGGUACCGCGGGGUGCUGGUUUCGGAGGCCAAGGGUCUCUACACCAUUGAUCUGCAAAUAAAUCCUCCUCGCCGCAUCAAUCAGUCCAUUGAGCAGCUUCGCGUUAUUCACGAUCCGGUCCCUUUAACCCGCGAUUCCAUUGAACGCCUGGUGCUCGAAGUACCGCAGGGUGCUGUGGAAGAAGCGACCAACGAUCGCCAGCUGCAGACCUUCGCCCAGCAUGGACAACUGGAUUACGUUCGCUACGAACCGGAAAACAGAGCCAUCAUUGUUCUGGUCUACGGUAAAUCGGCUGCCCAUCGAGCUUUCAUCCUUUACCAGUUUCAUACCAUGCACGCACUACAGCGUCAGAAACUGAAGGAUGAGAUAGCCGAUAUGCGUAAAGAGCUCUGUACGUUGAGAACAUCGGAAAACGGCUUAUUCCGCUGUGAAUUUACGGUCCCACAAGAUCGCUUGGCUGAAACAGUCGGUGGUUUUGAUGAUUUUCCUAAUUUGAAGCGCGCUCGUCAACUGGAUGGGAUUGUAAAAAUUAUGGCUAACAACAACCAUUUCGUCAUCACUGCGAAGAGCGAGAGCGCAAUGAAUGAAGCUCGGGAUAUGUUAGACGUGGUCACGGAAAUCAUGUAUGUUGACCAGCCGUUUGUUGGCCAGAUCAUCGGCAAGCAGGGCAUUAAUGUGCAGACCAUGAUUAAGACCACGAAUAUUUUCGGACUGUUUAUUCAUGAUACGGCUGAGUCGGCGCGAAAUGCUGGAGUUGAUGUGGAGUGGAAAGAUGGGCAUGUUGUUUUCGUAAUAACUGGUUCUCGCGCUGCCACGGAAGCGGCUAAAAUGUUGAUCGAAUAUCAGCUGGACCAUAAUCGUCAACUGGAGCAAGCACUUGGUCCACGACGAGUGCGACGUGGGGAUCUGAGCCGCCAAGCUACGGAAGACCGUAUGAGCAGCAGCCGAGCAUCAAUUGAUGAGGGUAAGCCGAGCCAGAAUCAGCAGGAACAACGCGCUGGAGAACGAAAGCCCAGCCAAGUUGAUCAUCGUCAAGGAAACAACGCUGGUAACCCACGCGUUCCUCCGCCUCAACCCGAGCCUUCGGGGCAGGGCCGACCUGCUGCGGAGAAUCAAAAUUAUCAGGAGAACGAUAAUCGCCGUCGAAGUAUCCCCAACGGCCGACCUGAGGAGCCUUCACUGCCGCCUCGCGGAGGUGGGGGCGGUGGAUAUCGGGGUCGCGGACGUGGUCGAGGCGGCAAGGCUCCCUUCGGUUCCCGGGAUGAUCGUCAGGAUUCAAAAGAAUCGAAUAACACCGAGCCGCUCCACGCUAACGCAGCCCCACAAGUUAAUGGCCAUUCUGAUGUUGACUCCGAAGGAUUUCGGCCUGCCAACCGGCGAAACCGCAGUGGACGUGGUAAUCGUCGUGGCGGUGCUCCAUCUGCAGCCCAACCGGUUUCCGGAGGACCAUCUGGUGCAAACCCCCAGAGCGCGUAGCGAAUGAGCGGUGUGUUUUGGCUUCGUUUUUUAUGGAUUAUUGUAACCACAGCUCUACUUCCCUUAAUCCAGUUUUGUUGGCAAAGGAACUUGCGGACCGGAUAUUUUCCUCUUGUGGUUUGUUAUUUCUUUGACGGACAUUAGGAGUGUUCAUUCUAACUCUUUGGAUGGCGUUAAUUCUUUUAUUCUGUAUUAGUUGAUGCUUUAAUUCUGUACCAUGCAGCCUGUUCCAGUACUUACAUGGAGAGAGGAUUCUGCUGAACAGUGUAGUCACUUUGAAAGUGCCUUUCUUCGCAAUACUUUCAUCUGUUUAGCUACUAAGUCAGAAUUGCUGCCGCACUGAUUAAUACCAAACAGUCUAUGUGAUAAGCUUAGACCGGGGAAAGCGAUGAUUAUUUUUCCUUUUGUACGUACAGUUUACGAGAAGUGAAUAAAGGUUUUGUUUUGAA